CACAGACACACCCACAGACACACCCACACACACAGAGGUAGAUAUUCAUCAAAGAACAGCGCUGUCAUUCUGAGACUUCAUACGACGUGAACUGCUGAGCGAAGCUCUAUAAGAUGGAUUUUUCUACAAAAACCCUGGCAAAGGGUUGCUUCGGGAAAGUGUAUAAACAAAAGUACGGAGACGCCUGGGCCGCGAUCAAGAAAGUGCCUGUGAACCUCAUCACUAAGGAACAGCUUUCCAGAGAGUGCCAUGUUUACGAGAAAGGACAACACAACAACGUGGUGAGGCUCCUCGGGACGCCGUGGCUGGACGACGGAAAGUGGCACAUUCCUCUGGAGUUCAUCUUCGGAGAGGAUCUUGAGACGGCCAUAUUUGACGUACAGAAAUCGAAAAUACAGCUGACCUCGUCGGUAAAGGCCACCAUCAUCACGGGUAUGUGUGAAGGAUUGAACUUCCUGCACAGCAAAGACAUCGUCCACCAGGACCUCAAACCAGACAACAUCAUGAUUGAGCACGGAUCUCAUCGUGCUGUGAUCAUUGACAUGGGCCUGGCAAAAUUCUUCAGAAAUGGCUUAAGCUCUGCCGUAAACUUGGGCAAUGAGGCCUACGCUGCUCCUGAGAUCCUGCAAGGGAACGUUCGAGACAAGCGUUCGGACGUGUGGGCCAUGGGAAAAAUGAGUGCAGAACUCUGCGCCAGGGUCCGACUUCCGACCCUUAAUCUGACUCCCAUCAAGAUUAAAGAGACUCUGAAAGACAAUCCUUAUUGUAGUGUUGUGUCCAGUAUGGUUGUGAAGAAUGCAGCAGAGAGAGCCACCAUGUUUGGAGUUAUUGGAGAGAUCCGGCAAAUCGGGGCGAAUCAGGGGGCAAAUCAAUGGGCAGGAGCAGGAAGACCACAUGCAGGUUUGGGUGCCCCAAUGGCCGCCCCGAUGGGCGCCCCAAUGGCCGCCCCGAUGGGCGCCUGGGGAACAGGGGCUGCUGAUUUUGGCGCGAAGCAAAAAUUGCGCCCACCGACCCCUUAUCCUCCAGAAGCGAAACACCACGAAAUACCUGCUGAACGCAUCCACCGUAGCCCAUCUCCACGACUUCAAGCUAUAGUUCCUGUUACUGCGACGGAAUUGGCCAAUCAAUUCUCACAAAUAUCCAUUCCUUGUCCUUUACCGCAAGAUGGAAAGGUGAUUCAUCGUAGUUUUGAUAACGACACUGGCCAAAUGGAGAUUAAACAAAUAGUCAUGAAGCACGGCAAGGUUGCUAAGUAUGACCACGUGGCGAUUACCAAGUGAUCAAUACAAGAAAAAGAAUACAAACGAUUUAAUCAGCUUUUCAGUUUUGCUGGGAUGUGAUUUGGAAGUCGCCAGUAUCAUAUACUUUCAACCUGUGAAUCUUGGGAACAUCUGAGGGGAAAAUGUGUCGCUUUUACAAAGUAUAGUGAAUACUAUAAACAUCCCUUGAAAACACUGUGCAUAACUUGAGCCAUUACAAAAAGGGGUCACGCUGUAAAAUCACUGGAACGAGUGGAGAAGUUUCCCGAGACAGUACUGAGAAAAGAUUCCAGGUGGUGGAUUUAAACUCUUUACGCUGUGGAGAUAACAACCAGAGACAAAAGUGGGGAAAACCGGGAUUAUAGUCUUGCCACACAUAAAUCAUGCACUGUUUCUCUUGUAAAGAACUUAUAAUGUGGUGUGUGUGUGUGUGUGUGUGUGUGUGUAUACGGUGAAUAUGUUUUGCUAAAUAUUUAAUGUGUUAAAAUACUUUUUGUCCUAUAAAACUACAUACUUUUGCACAAUGGCCUACUGUGUCAGUAUUUGUAAAAGGUUCAAUUUACCGAAAAUGCUGUACUUUCAUUCAGAAUUAUAGCAUCGAGAUAACGAUUGUCAGAACAUUCAUCACUACGUGGCAUGCGUGGUAUUCACAAAAAUCAUCAUCACUAGGUAUACUGUACUGAGAGGGAAUAAUAAGUAUGUAUUCAUAAGCAUAAACAAAGAGAGUUGUUUUUUUGUUUGUUUGUUUUUUUUUUUAAAUCUGUCGUCAUGGACUUUUCUAGCAUUUUUAUACUGUUAAAUCUCGACAACUGAUGUUUAUUAAAAUUCUUAGUAGUUUCAUGAAAUUCUCUCUCAAAAGCUUAGGAUACUGUGAGAUAGCUGUAUAUGAAAAGUAGGCAGGAGUUACAUUUGAUUAAAUUUGAGUGUUCACAGUAGACAUUUAGGGGCAUAAAAAAAUAGUAAUAAAAUUAGUAGUUGUAGUAGUAGUAGUUAUAGUAGUAGUAGUAGUAAUGGUAGUAGUAGUGGUAGUAGUAGUGGUGGUAGUAAUGGUAGUAGUAGUAGUAGUAGUGGUGGUGGUAGUAAUGGUAGUAGUAGUAGUAGUGGUGGUGGUAGUAGUAGUGGUAGUAGUAGUAGUAGUGGUAGUAGUAGUAGUAGUGGUAGUAGUAGUGGUGGUGGUAGUAGUAGUAAUGGUAGUAGUAGUGGUAGUAGUAGUGGUGGUGGUAGCAGUAGUAAUGGUAGUAGUAGUGGUGGUAGUAGUAAUGGUAGUAGUAGUGGUAGUAGUAGUCGUGGUAGUAAUGGUAGUGGUAGUAGUAGUGGUGGGGGUAGUAGUAGUGGUGGUAGUAGUAGUAGUAAUGGUAGUAGUAGUGGUGGGGGUAGUAGUAGUGGUGGUAGUAGUAGUAGUGGUGGUAUUAGUAGUAGUAAUGGUAGAAGUAGUAGUAGUAGUAGUGGUGGUGGUAGUAGUAGUAGUUAUAAUAAUACUAAAAAUACACCUAAUUAUGUGCCUAUUUGCAAAACCAGUCUGUCCGUUAUCAUUACGACUCACUGUAUUGAUUUGAUUCUUGCUUUGGUUUCUUCAAACAUAUUGAGGUCAGAGUGAUCCACAUUAAUUGUUUAAUGCUGAUUUCUUAGCUAAGUGAAUUUUGUGUGUGUGUGUGCAAUGUUUUUCAGUGUGCAUCAAAAUAAAUCUGUGAUUUGCAGCUC